AUUUCAUAGUGCGCAUGUGCGGCGGAAAAUUUUGAAUGGUUGAAAAUGGAUCAUGAUACAAGUAAUUGGGAACUUAGCAAAGAAAAUGUCCAACCGAUUAGACAGGGGCGUCAUUUUGCUAAUUUAAAUGCCGCGCUUCAAACAAAUAUUGACCACUCAUCGCUUAAACGCCAGAAACAGAACUUUGAGGAAGCACUAAGAAGUUAUGGUGGAGAUGAUCCCUUAGAGGUGUGGUUCAGUUAUGUUCUCUGGACGGAGCAAGCAUUUCCCAAAGGAGGAAAUGAGAGUCCGCUAUGGCAGUUGUUGGAACGCUGCAUCAGGGAAUUCAAUGAGAAUGACAUCUACAAAAACGACCAGAGAUACGUCGACAUCUGGAUUCGAUAUGCUAACCUGUCAGCAGAGUCAGAAGAAAUCUUCAAGUUUAUGCAUGACCAGGGAAUUGGGACAGAACUUAGUUGUUUUUAUGAGAGCUGGGCCAAUGUUACAGAGUUAGGAGGACACACAAAGAAAGCGGACAGUAUCUAUCAACUCGGAAUCAACCGAGCAGCCCAGCCACUGAGUCAGCUACAGCGGAAGCAUGAGCGUUUUCAAUACCGAGUCGCCCAGGGUUUGGUUGGUCAAGUUGAGGAAGAGAUGGAAACCGAUCCUGCCGAAACUCGGACUGCACUAGCAAAGUUAAAAACCCUUGGUAAAAAACAUCAAGCUCCUGUCUCCAGAGUCGGAAACAUUCAUCAAGGCUCUGGAGGGGGGAUUCCUCUACAGCCACGCCCACUCAACCAGAAGGCGGGACUAGGAUUUCAGAUUUACUCUGAUGAAAAUGCAGCCCCCACUCUGAUCCCAGAGACUACCGGGGAGUGGAAGGAGAUCCCUAAACCCUCGGCCAUCAACAAGGAAAACCGCCAGAAACCAGGGGUGUGGUCAUCUGCCAAGGUUCCUCAGAGAGGAGCGGUGGCACCAGUGGCUCCCAGUAAGCCCUCAUUCAGUAUACAUGUGGAGGAAAACUCGGAUCAGCCAAUGAUGACCCCAAGGAAAGCUCCAGGGAUGGAAAGUCAAGUUCUCAGUGCGAGGAAGGCCCCCAAACACACAGAUCCACUACAGAACCUGCGACACGUCACGGAGACAGAGGGGGGCGUGUUUGUACCCAUGUACUGUAAGGACAAAGUCUACUGUGGCAUUGAAGAGUUCUCGUUCGAGGAGUUGAGAGCUCUACGCUGGAAGGCUAAGAAACGGGCUGCGGAAAACCGAGAAAGGAGAAAAGAGGAAGAAAGGAGAAAGGCAGAAGAAAAGUUGAUGGCAGCUCAACAGCAGGACUUGCUGAGACAGCAGGAGAUCCUACGACAGAGGAUGAUGGAGUUCCAGCAGCAACAGGAGCAGUUCGAGCGUGAGAAGAAGUCCAUGCUGUCCAAACUCCAGGAAAAGCUCAUAGAGAGGGACCAGCAACUGGAGGAAGCCAGCCAGCAACACCUGCGGACUCAGAGAGACCAGGUUGAGCGAGACAUCGAGCUCAGGAUGCAGCAGCAGGAACUCGCUCCCCGCCAGUCACCAAAGUCAACCUUGAGGCCAAAGUCCGAGGUCAACCCAGCUGCAGUAAAGACCAGGCCCCUGGGGCAGAGAUCCCUGUCUCCUCAGGAGGAAAUGGACACACAGCCUCAGCCCCAAAGUGGAAACGUGCUCCAGACAUCUACAUCCACACCCAGUGACAGAUCCUGGUUAAACUCCAGUGGGUCUGGGGGUAGACGAACAGGACCCACCCCCGACACUUCCAAACGGUCCCUCACCGCCCCCUCCCCUACCGUGUGCACCAAAGAGGCCAUGAACAUUGUGAUGGGGAUGUUUAACUCCUCCCUGGACAUCGAUAAAGACUUGGGCUGGGAGGAAGGGGGUCAGGGAAACGUGUCUCUGCCUCCACAGAAUGAGACCCCGGCAAAAUCCAGUGUGCCCUUUGCCAUAUUUGAUGAAAACUCUCAGAUGAAGAAAGAAAAGAGCAGGAUACCAGUAUAUGAGGACCAGACUGACAGAGAAAAUAGACCACCCCUCUCAAUUCAGGACAGGUCAGACAAGCAGAGUGGAAGCAUCCCUGUACAGUCUUUUGGGCAGAGGACCAAGAAAACGGGUGGACUCGUGAAGGCCAGACAAAGUGAUACCUUUGAUUUGGAGAACAAGAUGGAGGGCAUCGAGUCUCAGGGUGGGGAUGAGGAUUACACUAUAGCACCGGUCGGCUCCCACCAGAGCUUUGCCGCGAUGGCCCGAUGUGCCUCCACACCGUUCAGUGAGAACCAUGAAGGUCCACCCCCAAUCCCCAACCUGUCUAACAUUCAGGCCGAUAAGACAGCCAAUCACACGCCCAUCCUCUCCAACACAGCAGACAGUCAGGGACCCAACAGCUUCUUCCCUGAUCAGCAGAAUCUAAGCCCUAUAAUGGAGGGAAGCAGUGAGGAAUCGGACCCCAGUGCCCACUCCCACCACCACACGCAGCACAGUGCUACCCACGCCCAGCUCAGUGCUUUCCAUCCCCUGGGGGACAGGGUGGCUGACCACACACAUCCUGACCCACAUAUUUACCACAUACCAAUGGAGGAGCCCCCAGCAGAACACGACCCUCUAAAUCACUCCAACCCGGUAGUGGACACCUCCACGUACCAGCCCCCUGAGGAGAACCCCGGGCUAGCUGACCAGUCUGUCUACAUCGACACCAGUAACCCGUUUGAUGUCGACACUGUCCGACACAUACUGGAGCAACUCCCUACCCCCAUCAAGCUCCACCCCAGCUACCACGAGGUCCCCCGCCAAAUUCAGAGCAUCAUCUGUGGAAUCAACAUUACUCUAGGUAUGGACAUGUACGAGGUGAAGGAGAUUGUGGGUAAGGGAGCCUUUGCCAAGGUGUACAGCGCCACCUGUAUGAUGUCAUCAUGUAACACGGACAUACUUGACUUUGACUACCUGGACAGCGCUGACCUCGAGUCAAAGCUGAUAGCUCUAAAGGUUCAGAAGCCAGCCAAUGUGUGGGAAUUCUACAUCUGCACAGAAAUCCAGAAGCGAUUGUCAAGGUUACAGGAGAAUGUAGAUGUGCGCCCUGCUAUGAUGUCUGUGGAGAAGGGAUAUUUCUACACUGAUGCCAGCUGUCUGGUGACAGAAUACUGCAAACACGGAUCAGUCCUGGACGUAGUCAACAAGUUUGGGGAGGCCAACAAGUCGCAGGAGUUCCUAACUCUGUACCUGACUAUAGAACUGAUGCACAUGGUGGAACAGCUACAUCGCUGUCAGAUCAUCCACGGCGACCUCAAACCAGACAACUUGCUUGUCAAAGGAUUUUCCCCCCUACCAGAUAGCAGUGACCCAGAUGUGGUGUUCAGUGGUGACCGCCGCCCGCUUCUCCUGAUUGACUUUGGACAGAGUAUAGACAUGACCCGCUAUCCCCCAGGGACCACGUUCUUGGCCAAAGUCAAAACCUCCAGCUUUAUGUGCAUUGAGAUGCAGACCGACCGACCCUGGACUUAUCAGACUGAUUUGUUUGGCUUGGCUGGCACCCUUCAUGUGCUGCUGUUUGGUCAGUACAUGAAAGUGUAUCAGGAACAGGGGGAGUGGAGGAUAACCCAGUCAGUCAACAGGAAAUUCAACCAACAGCUGUGGAGGAAGAUCUUCUACACCCUACUCAACAUCCCGAGCUGCGAGGAGAUCCCCGACCUUCCUGCACUGAGGAGAGAGUGUGAGGAGUAUUUUGUCAGCUCCCUGCUACCCACUUACAACAAACAGAUCAACAAAGUCAUCCUGAAACUAGACAGUCUGGCCAGUAAAUGAACGACAUUAAAAGUUAUAUACAUUGUAUGUAUAACAAACAAAUCAACAAAGUCAAUAAAAGUUUAUAUAUACAUUGUAUCUAUAACAAACAAUUCAACAGUCAUCAAAACCCUAGUCAGCAUGGCUAGUUAGUGAGUGACUGGAACCUUAUUUACAGAUAGUUGUAUAUGUUCUAUAUCUGUAUAAGUAAUGUCAGAUAGUGAUGUGAACAUGUGAUGGAGAGAUAUGUAAUUAUAUCAGUAUUGUUCUCUUAUUUCAUGUACAGUUGGUGUAUUUUCUUUUUAUUGUUUUAUUUAGAUUAUAUUAUUAGGUCUUUCCACCUUUCAGGUGAAACAAAAUAUUGUAAACAUAAAAAAUAAUGAGGUGGAAAGACCUCUAAUUGUUCGAGAACAAUUAGUCUACUAGUUAAUAACUAAAGGUCUUUAGUUAACAUGUAGUACUGGUACAUAAUGAAGUCAGAGCUUAUUAAAUGAUGAAUACUAUAGAAA